UGUUAAAUCCGAGGUAUCUCGAUCAAGAAUGAUUCUGUGAUCUUCGAUUCACUCUUCACCCUCAGCACUUCGUCACCACCCUUUUGGAUGAUGGCAAGACUUCGUUCUAUUCAGGACACUACUACAGUUGUUACCCCAACUUGAAAUAAGUCCUACGUACGUACACAGUCCUGGGGUCUUUCUGCCCCUUCCUUCCGUAUAUAGAAGGACGAAUAUUCUACUGGAACACAACAACCGGCCUAUAUAUUAUUGUCCUGUCUUUGUUUUGUACGAAACAUCGUGACCACACAAGACAAAGAUCCCGUCAAGAAGUCUAGGACUUGUGCCAUUAACGUGUAGGGAGAGAAAGAGAGCACCGCCUUCUGUUGGAGGGGAUACUCAUACUCCAACAACGACACCAGCGCCUUCAAUAGCCACUGAAUCUCACAGCCUUCUUGCCUCUCAACGAUUCAUUCGUUGUCAACAUGUCACGCUCGACCAACAACCCGACCAUCCUCUCCAAACCUGUUGGCCCAAUAGGCUACGGACUGCUAGGGCUUACAUGGCGGCCCGAUCCUCAACCUGCAAACGAGAGCUUCAAAGCCAUGUCUACGGCAUUGGCCCAGGGCGCCAACUUCUGGAACGGAGGCGAGAUCUACGGCACGCCCGAACGCAAUUCAUGCCACUUGCUAAACGAAUACUUUACACAAAACCCACAAGAUGCCGACAAAGUGGUCCUCAGCAUCAAGGGUGGUUGUCUUCCGGGCACGAUCAUCCCAGACGGCUCGGCCAAGAACGUACGACGCAGCGUGGAAGAGUGCUUGCGAGUUCUGGAUGGGAAGAAAAGCAUCGACAUUUUCGAAUGUGCGCGCCUUGACCCCAAGACACCUUUGGAAGUCACCAUCGGGGCGCUCGCCGAGCUGGUGAAAGAAGGCAAAAUCGGUGGCAUUGGUCUGUCCGAAGUCAAGGCGUCGACCAUUGAAAAGGCCCAUGCCAUCCAUCCCAUCGCUGCCGUCGAGGUCGAAGUGUCUCUCUGGACACCGGAUAUCUUGAGCAACGGUGUCGCUGUGACCUGUGCGAAGCUGGGUAUCCCCAUUGUGGCAUACAGCCCGCUCAGCCGUGGCGCCUUGACCGGCACGAUUCGCAGAAAUGCCGAUAUUCCAGAGGGCGAUUUCCGCAGGUUUCUGCCGCGGUUCCAGGACGACGUUCUCGAGUAUAAUACGAGGAUUGUCGAUGAACUGCAACGCCUGGCGGACAAAAGGGGUGUUACUAGGGCUCAGAUUGCUAUUGCUUGGGUCAGGUCUCUGAGUGGUCGUACGAUAACGACGGAGGAUGGGGAGAAGGUGACGCUGGGUGAGAUUAUUCCCAUCCCUGGUGCUUCGAAGCCGGAGAGGAUUGUGGAGAAUUGUAAGGCGGUUGAGAUUGAGUUGUCUGAUGAGGAAAUGGAUGAGAUUGCUGAGAUCCUUAAGAAGAACCCUGUCAAGGGGGAGAGGUAUACUGCUGAGGGCAUGACGGUGGUUAAUCAGUGAAAAAGGAGCAGGAGAUAUGCGAAUGCACGCGGCAGGUAGAGGAGGGAAUGUAGUCAGUGUCUGUCCGAGAUGUCUCUAGCAGGGGGAAUCAGUGAGAGAAUGGAAGGUAGUUGUAGGUAAAUGUCAGCCUCAUGACGGUCUACGACUUGGAUUUCCAGAUAGCACCGUCCUCUCUCGCCCUUCUGUACACAGCUUGAGCGAGAUGACUUUCAGCGUUGGUACUACUAGCCGUAAAUGCGUGCUGGCCUGCGGCGACCGUGCAACUCGGAGUAUGAACCGCCCUCAAAUCUCUCGUCGCUCCUGCAGGCUUUCCUUCGACAUCUGCCAUA